AUGGUAAAACCAGAUAGAAUCAGGACAGAAGAUGAAGCACUAAGGAGAUGCAUCACUUUGCAUGUUUUUUUAAAAAAUCCUUCCUUCUUUGAAACUGUUGACAUCUAUGUGUCCUUUACACAGGUGCGGAUAUUCCCCUACCUGAUCGGUAGAGAGUCUGCGUUUGCUGAUAACCUCAAAUGGAUGGCUUGUGCCAACAAAGGAUAUUUCAGUCAGAUCUCCACCUUAGCUGAUGUCCAGGAGAACGUGAUGAGGUACCUUCACGUUAUGAGCCGCCCGAAGGUUAUCGAUCACGAGCACGACACGGUGUGGACUGAAGCUUAUGUAGACAGUGCUCUUUCUCAGGCUCAUAAGCUGAAUGACAAAUCAGGUCCAAGUCUGAUGACAACAGUAGCCAUGCCUGUCUUCAGCACAAAGAAUGAAACGAAGAACCAGGGUAUUCUGUUGGGGGUCGUAGGAACAGACAUCACUCUGCAGGAGCUGAUGAAGCUCAUCCCCAAGCAUAUGUUAGGGAUCCACGGAUAUGCAUUUGCCAUCACAAACAAUGGCUACAUCCUGACACAUCCGGAUCUCAGGCCUUUGGAGGGUCAGAAGAGGAGGAAGCCCAACUACAGCAGUGUGGAUCUCUCUGAGGUGGAGUGGGAAGACAAAGAUGACACACUACGCAACGCCAUGGUGAACAGGAGGACCGGGACCUUCUCUAUGGAGGUGAAGAAGACGGUGGACAGAGGGAGGCGAGUGCUGAAGAUGCACAAUGACUAUUACUACACUGACAUCAAAGGAACUCCAUUCAGUGUCGGAGUGGCUCUCUCAAGAGGCCACGGAAAGUAUUUCUUCAGAGGAAAUGUAUCAGUUGAAGCAGGGCUCCGUGAUCUGGAACAGCCAGAUGUCGCCCUGGCAGAUGAAUGGACCUACUGCAACACAGAGGAGGAGCACGAGCAUCGUCACCUGACCCAGAUUCAAGCCAUCAAGCUCUUCAUGACGGGCCGCAGACCGCACCUCAAGUGCGACAGAGAGCUGAUCCAGGAGGUGUUGUUUGAUGCUGUGGUCACGGCUCCACUGGAGGCCUACUGGACUGGACUGGCUCUCAACAAGUCAGAGAACUCAGACAAAGGAGUGGAGAUUACUUUUCUGGGAACACGUACUGGUCUGUCGAGAACCAACCUGUUUGUCCCGGCCGAUCAGCUGUCCAAUCGAGAUUUCCUGACAGCGGAGGACAAGGAGGGAGUGUUUAAUGCUGAUCACUUCCCUCUGUGGUACAAGAGAGCGGCGGAGCAGGUCCCCGGCACAUUUGUCUACUCCAUCCCCUUCAGCACAGCUCUGGAAAAUAAGAGCGUGGUUUUGGCCAGCACAGCAAUCCAGCUCCUGGAUGACAGGAAGUCUCCAAUAGUUGCUGCUGUAGGGAUCCAAAUGAAGCUUGAGUUCUUUCAGAGGAAAUUCUGGACUGCCUGCAGACAGUGUACAGCUCUGGAUGGAAAAUGUAGCAUUAGCUGUGAUAACGAGGACAUUAACUGUUAUCUCAUUGACAACAAUGGCUUCAUUCUUGUUACAGAAGAACAGUCUCAGACAGGGCUCUUCUUUGGAGAGGUGGAGGGUGCCGUUAUGAACAAACUUCUCCAAAUGGGGUCCUUUAAAAGGAUCACACUAUAUGACUACCAGGCCCUUUGUAAAGAGUACGCAGGGAGCAGCGACAGCGCUCGCACUUUAUCAGACCCUUUCUCUGUUGUGAAGUGGCUUCUGACUGAACUUGUCAUUUUUCUGCUAGAAUUUAACAUCUACAGCUGGUGGAACGUCGAUCUUUCUGUCAAAGCUCAGAGGUCUCGGGGGAAAACCAUGAUGGUCCCAUGUGAUACGGAAUACCCUGCCUUCGUCUCUGAACGCACCAUCAAAGAAACAACAGGAAACAUCGACUGUGAUGGCUGUUUUAGGUCUUUUGUCAUACAGCAGAUUCCCAGCAGCAACCUCUUCAUGGUUGUCGUUGACAAUAAGUGUGACUGCAGUGGUGCUCCUCCAGUAACCAUGGAUCCCAUCGAGAUCAUGUACAACGAGUCACUAAAAUGUGACAGACUGAAGUUUCAGAAGGACCGGAAGAAGCCAGAAUCAUGUCAUCCUUUCCACCCCGAGGAAAAUGCCAUGGAGUGUGGUUCAGCAACACGCCUCUCCAGUCAUCUAACAGCGGCUCUACUGCCUCUGAUAGCAGCGACCAUCAGCAGGUGACCACUAGCUGGACAUCAGUAAGGACUAGCUCAAAGAGAAGAUGCUUCUAAACACGUAGAGAACACGUCGAUCAGAAAUGAAUUUGCGCAUACCUCCGCAACAGUCAGCACUCUAAGAUAGCAUCUUUAUCAGUAGCACUAAGACUCACAUCCAUUAAUGCAGAAAACACAAAAGAAAAUGAGAGCAGUGGGAGUGCUGGGUGGCUUUGCUCAGAGCAUCGCAGAUCACGCCGCUGACAGUUUGUCAUAUUGUUCUGAAUGUGUGCUGAACUAAGAGAAAAAAAACACAGUAAGUCUACAGUAAAAACAAAUACCUGCGAGUACAGGGUUUCAUUGUUAAAGUCUAAAACAAGCCCUUUGUGAAAAGGAUAAAUGUUUGUUUCUUUGUUGUGAGGGAAAAAAAUGAAAGCUCAUGUCUGCAGAAUGUAAAAUACACUUUUUGUGAAAUGUGAAAAGAAUGCAGAAUAUUUUUGGCAGGAAAUUGCUAAAAAAAAAAAAAAAAACAACAAUAAUUGACAGUGCAAACAUUGUUUGGUUUCUUUAAAGUUUAUUUUGUGACUAAUUUCUUUUUGAUGUCAGUCACAAAUCAUGAAAAAUAUUACAAAGACGAUGGUCAUUUUGAACUUGCUGUAAUCUGCCAGUUUCUCCUUGUUUGAAAGCAGAAGACGUUUGAGACGAGUUUAAGAUGCAUGAAAAGAUUCAACAGUGUGUUUGAAGAAUGUUACAUCGAUGUAUUCAGCCAUACUUUGUCGAGGCGACCACAGUACUCUUAACCACAUGUUUAGGGAAGCUGACAAAUAAAUACAAAGAAAUAUUUUCCUUCAUUUA